AUGGCAUUUCAUGAGUCGGCAUCUGCAUAUCACGGAUGGGACGGGUUUUGGCUUUGCUGCUCUGCUUCACAUCGUGCAUGGAACGAUGUCAGCAUUCAGAUGACCGAGCUUCGGGUCAUUGAUCUUAUUUGCUCAGCUCGCUCUGAAGUUGCGUCUGUCAGUCUCGCGUAUAAAAUCCUAAGCGAGCCUCGGUUUUGUCAAACAUCCGCCAAAGUCGUGUCUUCAGUGCCGAUGACGGUAUAUCCUUUGUGGCUGGAAAUUGUCAGCACUUCUUUCUUGGUAUUGAGAUCGGCGCUGGCAAAGCUCCGAGCAGAAGUUACCAGCGUCCUCUCAGGCGAAGCCAUCGCCCCCUUCGCAAAAGUCAAGGGCCUCCCAUAUCUGCGAGCCUGUCUAGACGAGUCCGUCCGAAUCUUACCUCCUCUCCCCCACGGUCUCGAACGCAAAAUACCCCCACAAGGCAUGCAAAUACUGGGCGAACAAAUCGCCGGCGUCGUCACCGUCUCAGUUCCAACGUACGCAGCGCACCGCGAUCCGAUACAGCUCCCCGAGCCCGAGAAAUAUAUACCGGAAAAGUGGCUCGAUGCUUCUGACGCGACGAAGGAUAUGAGAGCUGCGUUUAUACCAUUUAGAUCGGGAGCCCGCGCAUGUCUUGGGAGGAAUAUUACGAUGAUGGAUCAGCAGAUCCUGGUUGCGACGCUAUUGCACGGGUAUGGUUUUUGCUUGCCGUUUGAGGAGUGGGAGUUAGAUUGGGAGGAUGCUUUUAAUCUUUGGCCGUGCGAUAUGCAUUUGAAGGUCUGGAGACGAGGGGUUGAUUCUGGCCUCGAAAUAUUCUAG